CCUUCUACCCCCACGACGCUCAUCUGUCUUGCUUGAACUUUUCUCUGAAGUUCGAGAUUCCUUUGAGCACGCCACAGAGACACGCAGGUCUUCGAUCAAGCCUCCGAUGCCCCCAAAAGAUAGUCCGAACAUGCCUCGCCCUGCGAAGAGACCACGUCUUGAACCUCCCGAUGGGUUUGAGAGGACAGGAAGCCCUGCCAAGAAAGUUGCUUCGGUCAAGUUUGUCUCUGCAUUCGAGACGCGUACGCAUCCACCACGGGCUAAGCCCACGAGGAAUGUCAAGGCGAGCGUGCCUUCAUUAGAUCUUCCUCGGCCUCCGAACCUGGGAACGUCCGUGAAGGGAAAAGGGACGACAUCUGCUAAACCCGUUAGUCUGCGCGUCUUGAAACCCCCACCCGUGCCAAACGCUGCGAAGGAUGACAGCCCCAAGAAGAAAGUGACGGCGUUGACGUCUAGGCCGCCUGUUCCAAUCCCGCAAGACACGAAUGCGAAACUCACGAGUAUCAGGCGUCUUCAGCCGCGCCCGGUCACGCCUCCACCCCUGAAGAAGGCUCAACCGCUCAUGAGCAUGGCGCCCCCACCUCCUCCGGUGGCUGGAUCCUCUCGUCUGUCUGCUUCCGAUUUGAAGUCAAUCUUCGCGACGAACGUCGCACUGGCGACUGACUUCCGCUCGGAAAGUGGACAGGCCGAGGUGCUCUCAAUAUAUAUUCAGCAGCACGGACACGGAUUCGUGGAUCCCAAUGACAGGGAGCUGCAACGUGGACUGGAGCAGAGCCCGGAGAAGCUCUUCAAGCACACGAAGAAUGCGAAGUUCGCUAGAGGAGGCCUCGCUGACCGAGCCAGAAUACAGUUCAAACAGCGUCAGACGGCCCUCUCGCUCUGGCAGACCUCGCUCGAACUCGAGCUCCGCGCGAAACGCCGCCCUACACCCGACAUGCGCUUCCGAAUCAUCUCCAUCCUCCACUCAGCCACAGAGGCUGACCAUCUCCGCACAUCGCACCCACCAUGUCUCACGCUUCUGAGGUGCAAUAUCAUGCCUGAGUUUCGACAGGAGGAGACGAUGCUGCUGCUGAACUUUGACGCUGCGUCUGGGGCGUCGGCGGUGAGGUUUCAGAAACCGGGUGACCUUAAAGUUGGAAGGGAGGUCUUCCUAUGGAAACCGUGGCAUACCCUAGACGUUCCGCGUGAUCUGGCCGGACAGCUAGUCCACUCGGAUCUUGUCGGCCCAACCUUGUCGGAGGGGCAGGCUACUGAUAUCCGGACGGUCCUGUUCUGCACAAGGUUCUGGCUUGCUCCGUUUUAGUGCCUUUGGCUUUACUCCUAGCCAGCUCAAUUGACCUUCAAAUCUCUUCUGGAUCGGACGCUGUAUCUCCUGUAUAUACGUAUUGGUCGGUUUUUAUGAAUGUGUCGCCCAUGUAUUGCCUCG